AGAACCCAAGCAAAUUUGAUUUUCAGCAGAGGCAUUUUAACGCGCCGUGAAAUUUAAGCGUGCUUGCAGUGUCUGUCACCGGAACUCGCAGAAAGACGGUGUUAGCAGCCAUGAGUGCCGUCAACAUCGAAGAACUCGAAGGAGAUGUAGUCGAAAUCACCGACGAUCACUUCUUCGUCAAAAUAGGAGAACCUAUUCCUUUGAAAUCCAAUGACUCCAAUUUCAAUCUCCAAACCCUUCCUUCUCAACCUCUCUCACUCUCUGAACGCUUUCGUCUCACUUUCAUUGCUCAUUCUUCAGGUUUUUAUGCUGUGAAGACGAAGGACCUUAUUGAUUCUUCUAAAGGAAGUGGUUCUUCGGUGGAACAGUUGAGUCUUGUUGAUGUUUCUAUUGGUAGGGUUCGCAUAUUAGCUCUUUCUACUGAUAAUUCAACGCUUGCUGCUACUGUUGGUGGUGACAUACGAUUUUACAAUGUUGAUAGCUUUCUCAAUAAGGAAGUGAAGCAAUCCUUUUCCUGUUCACUCAAUGACCCGACCUUUGUCAAGGACAUGCGGUGGACAACAACAUUGGAAAAUGCUUAUGUUGUUCUUUCAAAUACUGGGCAAUUAUAUCACGGCAGGGCUGGUUUUCCUCUUAAACAUGUGAUGGACAGUGUUGAAGCUGUUGAUUGGUGCGUAAAAGGGACAUCAGUUGCUGUGGCAAGAAAAAAUGUCUUGAGCAUUUUAUCCACUAAGUUUGAAGAAAAAGUUUUGAUUCCACUACCCUUCAGAUCCUGGAUUGGUGAUUCCGAGGCAAAUGUCAGUGUAAAAGUUGAUUCUGUCAAGUGUGUUCGACCCGACUCCAUUAUAAUUGGAUGCUUUCAACUUACUGAAGAUGGCAAGGAGGAAAAUUAUCUUAUCCAAGUUAUUACCAGCAAGCUUGGUGAAAUUUCUGAUGGUUGUUCUGAAUUAGUUAUCCGAUCAUUCUAUGAUAUUUACCCAGGACUGGUUGAUGAUGUUGUAUCCCCUGGAAGUGGCCCCUACCUUUUAUUGGCAUAUUUAGAACAAUGCCAACUUGUGAUCAAUGCCAACACGAAGAACACAGAUAAGCACAUUUUGUUGCUUGGCUGGUCAGAAGAUGAUGAUAAGAGUGAAGCUGCAAUUGUUGAUAUUGACAGAGACAAGUGGGUUCCAAGAAUUGGGCUUCAAGAAAAUGAAGAUGAUAAUUUUCUCUUGGGGCUAUGCAUUGAUAAAGUUUCAAUAUAUCAAAAAGUUGGAGUUCAAUUUGGUGCAGUGGAGGAAAAAACUGAGCUCUUGCCUUAUUGUGUUCUUAUGUGUCUCACAGUGGAUGGAAAACUUGUUCUGUUCCAUGUUGCCAGUCUUGCAGGAAGUAAAGUUUCACCUGAAGUUGAUUCUGUUGAGUAUAAUAAGGAAGAUGCUUCUGUUAAGCUACCUGUGGAUGAAAGCUCCACUUCUUCUCAUCAAUUUGAGAAAAAGGAACAGGAAUUGGAUCAGGAUGUUGAGCGUGAGAAUCUAAAGUCCAAGCCUUUUGCUGAAGAUUAUACUAAGUUCCCUGAAGUGGGAUCAACGACAAAUGUACAGUCUUUGAAGUCUGACGUGCUGCAAAUGGUUCCAGGUGUAGAUGUGAAGAAAGUUAAGGAUAGUCAAAUUCAAUGUCCUCCAGGUGAACAACAGAAAAACUUAGGUCAAAAGACUGCAGCACUUGGAACAAGUAUUGGUUCUUUUACAGGAAACAGUCAUUCUGCUGCUCCUGGUUUGUCAAGUUUUAAAUAUUCUCAAAAUAAUACUGAGAGGGCUGUGGAGCUCCAGACUACAAGUAGCUUACAAGACUCACAAAGAGCUUCUCAUAUAUUGCCUGGUGAAACAUUUUCAUUCUCAAAAGACUCUAAUGUGUCUUCAAUUUCCGGUUCAAGUUAUGUUGAUGGUAGUGGUUAUCAAAAUAAAAAAUAUACUCUGGGUGCUACAAGUGUUCCUGGUAGCUUUAAUGGAAAGCCUUUUCUUGUAAAGGAUGCAAAUGUUGAAUCUCCUGCCAUCUAUUCUGCUGCAAAUGCUCCUGGUAGCAUUGUUGGAAAGCCCUUUCUUGUAAAGGAUGUGAAUGUUGAAUCUCCUAGCAUCUAUUCUGCCAGCAAACCAUUUCAGAGUGGUGGACAACUAAGUUCUAAGGACGUGAAUGUUGAAUCUCCUAGCGUUUAUUCUGCCAGUAAACCAUUUCAGAGCGGUGGAAAACUAGGUUCAAUAGGAGCAGAAAGUUCACAUUUGUCAUUACUUGGAAAUCCUACAACCGGAAAGUCAGCUAUACGAAAGUUUCAUCCUUCUGAUGAGCAGCAUGUAAAUUCAUCCAAGUCUGCGAUAUCAAGUUCUGAUUCGACAAAGCAAUUUGGCAAUAUUAAUGAGAUGACCAAAGAAUUGGAUCUGCUUUUGAAGUCAAUAGAAGAAGCUGGAGGCUUUAGAGAUGCUUGCACCAGGUCACUUCAAAGUUCAAUUGAGGAAGUGGAACAAAGCAUGAACAUUCUAUCUACACAAUGCAAAAUACGGACGUGCCAGGUGGAUCAACAUGUUGAGGAGGUUCAUUUUCUUCUUAACAAGACAAUACAAGUGGUGGCAAGAAAAGUAUACAUGGAAGACAUAUAUAAGCAAGCUUGUGAUAGCCGAUAUUGGGACCUAUGGAAUAGACAAAAGUUGAAUUCAGAACUAGAGCUAAAGCGACAGCAUAUACUGAGUCUGAAUCAGGAUUUAACUUAUCAGUUAGUUGAAUUGGAGAGACAUUUCAAUGCUCUUGAACUAAACAAAUUCAGCCAAAAUGGCGGCCAUCUCAUUGGUCGUGGAGCUUCUCAAAAUAGAUAUGGGCCUUCAAGACACAUUCAGUCAUUGCAUAGUUUACAGAAUGCAAUCAGGUCGCAACUUGUAGCUGCAGAAAAUCUCUCUGAAUGCCUUUCAAAACAAAUGGCUACAUUGAGUUUAAGGUCCCCAUCUGAGAAACAAAAGAAUGUGAAGGAGCUCUUUGAAACAAUAGGAAUUCCCUAUGAUGCUUCUUAUGGCUCUCCAGACACGAAAGGUUUUAUGAAGACUCCUUCUAGUAAGAAGCUCUUGUUUUCUGAUUUGACUACUAAUAAAGAUAAAUCCCAGAGAAUUCAAGCCAGUGCUAUGAAGAGUUGUGAACCAGAAACGGCUAGGAGGAGGAGAGACUCACUUGAUCAGAGUUGGACCUGUUCUGAACCUCCUAAAACUAUCAUCAAAAGAAUGCUGCUACAAGAGCUCCCAAAACCAAAAUGGAAAGAAUCAUCAUUUUCAAAAGAAAAAAUCAAAACUUCCGUGCCGGUGGAAUCCGCUCCUCAUCAAAUGAAUGCCAGAAUUCCCUCAGGUGUCCUCCCUACUUCUGAAAUGAAAGCAAGCUUUCUGGAUUCCCAUCUUGCACUUGAAGAGGUGUCAGAACAAUCAAAGGCAUUUAUACAGGAUGGUAACCUCAAAGCACGUACUCAAGUUUCAGACUCCAAGUCUCGUGUUUUGCAAAUAAGUAAUAUUUCUGCAGUUCCUCCACGUCCCUCAUUCCACUUGUCACCUGCAAUCGCGUUUGGUCAUUCCACAGAAGCAAGAGAUCUGGCUGCUGAAAAAUCAAAUGUUAAAAAAUUUGAUUCAAUUUCAAACAGUGAGAACAAGCCUUUUUCACUCAAGGAAAUGCCUCAAAAGUUCUCAAUCUCUACCCGCUCUACUACAGAAACACCUUCGUCUCUGAUUAAAUCGAGUGAAAUGCCCAUUACAAACAGUAAAAUGACUAUGGCUACAAGUUUCCCGAUGGGAGACAAACUUUCAGGUGCAUUUACUCCUGAAUCUUGGAAAAAAAAUGUUCCAUCCUCAGAGUCACACUUGUCCUCUAUUUCUACAGCUUCAACCAAGGUUGAAAAAGUUACGAAGUUCAAUUUUGAUAAAAGCUGGCCUGACAAUAAUAAUCCAGCAUUGCCCAAAUUUAGCGGUUUGCGUGAAUCUCCGUUGUCUCCAACUAAUUUAACACCGUCGAUUUCUUCAGCAUCAUCAUCUGUGUCGUCUGUAGCUGUUCCUCCAGCAGCAGUGUCGGUGACAUUAAGCAAUACUACUAGUUCUAAAAUCAGUGUAGAUUCUAAUCACAUGACGACAUCUUCGGCAUCAGGUUUACUUUCUUUAUCUAACCAGGCCCCUAAACAAACAUCGUCCCCAUUACCCAACCCACCCUCCUUUAAUACAACAUCAGAGUCGCACAAAUCAGAGAUUCAACCAGCUAGUGGACCUAAUUUAAAGACAAAUUUAGAUGCUGCUGCAGAAGUGGUCACUCAGCCAAAUAAAUCUCUAAAUGGUGAAUCUGAAAUGAAGCUCGGAUCUUCAAGAAACUUCAGUCCUUCAAUUGAACAGCCUGCCAACAAUAUAAAAAGUUCUGAUACCAACAUUGUCUCAGUUUCUCAAUCAGAACAGCCUUCAGACACACCUCCGCAACUUUCAACUUCUUUUCUUACUUCUACUAGUGUUUCAAGCGGGAAAAAUGGGGGUUUGGAUGUUGGAAUCUCUCAGGAGGAUGAGAUGGAGGAAGAAGCUCCCGAGACAAGUAACUCAACUGAACUUAGUUUGGGAAGCCUUGGUGGGUUUGGGAUUGGCUCAACCCCUAACCCAUCAAUUCCUAAAUCAAAUCCAUUUGGUGGUUCAUUUAAUAAUGUAGCAACAAGUUUAUCAAGCCCACAAUCAAAUCCAGUUGCAUUAUCAGUUCCCAGCGGAGAGUUGUUUCGACCAGCAUCUUUUACAUUCCCAAGCUCCCAAUCAUCCGUGCCAACUCAGUCAACAAAUUCAGGUGCGUUUUCUGGUGGGUUCGGUGUUGGGGCAGCUGUUCCUGCACAAGCUCCCAGUGCAUUUGGGCAACCAGCACAAAUUGGAGGAUCGGGGCAGCAGGUUCUUGGAUCAGUUCUUGGUAGUUUUGGACAGUCAAGGCAACUUGGCGGUGCUCUACCUGGAAGUGGUUUCGCAGCUCCCACUGGUUUUGGUGGUGGAUUUGCUACGAGUAGUAAUACUAGCGGAUUUUCAAAUGCUGCUGUGGGUGGAGGGUUUGCUGGUAGAACAUCAACAGUUGGAGGGUUUGCUGCUAUAGCAUCCACAGGUGGAGGAUUUGCAAGUGUUACAUCAACCGGUAGUGGAUUUUCUGGAUUCGCUUCUCCUGUUGGUGGAUUUGCCGGUGCUGCUGCUCCGAGUGGUGGUGGUUUCGCCGGUGCUGCUGCUCCGAGUGGUGGUGGUUUUGCUGCUGCUGCUAAUUCAAGUGGUGGAUUUGCAGGAGCUGGUUCUGGUGGUGGGUUUGGAGCAUUUAGCAGCCAAGGAAGCGGUGGUUUCUCUGCUUUUAGUAACGUUGGAGGUAAUAAACCACCCGAGCUAUUCACGCAGAUGAGGAAGUAGUAUUGCUUUGCAUCUUAUAUCGGAUUCGAAAGCCGUGAGACUCUAUUGCUGUUCUCCAUAAAGAAAUUAGGCCUGUACUACGAGUAGGAUAUCUUUGAGAGAAGAAAAUGGUGCAAUUUUGAAGUGUAUAAUUCUAUUUUAUUCUGUGCACUUUUAUGUAAAACUUUUCUUGAGAAAAUACAUGAAAUUUUUUAGUCAUGAUUAUUUAUGCUAUGUGUUCUGCUUUCAAA